AUGCAUGCUUGCCUACCUCUUCCUAAAGCUGUGAUUGCAAAAAUUGACUCCCUCUGCAGAACUUUUGUGUGGACUGGGAAGAUAGAUGCUAGUAGGAAAAGCCCUGUAGCAUGGAAUACAGUUUGCAGACCUAAAAGCCAAGGAGGUCAGGGUGUUAUCCAUCUUGCCACCUGGAAUGUGAUAACAAUGGUGAAAUGUCUGUGGAAUCUCAGCAAGAAGACGGAUAACCUAUGGGUUAAGUGGGUGCACGUGUACUACUUGAAAGGUAACAAUGUUAUGACUGCUCCAGUAUCUAAUAGUUGUUCCUGGAUUUUCAAAAGGAUCAUGGAUAUUAGAAGUAUAGUGCUGCAAGUGCAGGUGGUUUGGAAUCGUAUGCUGGCUUCCAACAGAUUCAAUAUGACAGUCCUAUACAAAGAGCUCAAUGGUGGAAUAGACAAAGUGGACUGGAGAUACCUAUUCUACCAAAACAAAGCAAGGCCUCGUGCACAAUUUAUUGCUUGGAUUAUCUGCCAUGGGAAACAAGCUACUAAAGAUAGAAUGGUUAGAUUCAAUCUCCUAACUGAAGCAAACUGUGAUCUUUGCAGGAAUAGUGAAGAAAGUCGAUCUCAUCUAUAUUUUGAAUGCCCAUCUAACUCUGAAAUCUGGAAGCAAGUUCUGCAAUGGUUGCAGUAUGAUCAUCAGCCGCUGCCAUGGCAAGGAGAAUUACAGUGGAUAAUGCAAGAGAUAGCAAGGAAGGGUAGCAAAGCAAAGCUUCUUAAAAUGGCUUUCACUGAAACUUUGUAUGUGCUAUGGAUUAGGAGGAACAAUGUUAUUUUUAACCAGUCUAAUAGUAUUGAUUAUGUACAUACCAUUAUAGAUGCUAUAGUUUACAGGAGUUGGGCCUAUAGGAAAAUUAGAGAGUAUACGGCCCAUCUGCUACUUUAA